UCAACUUUCAGCACAGUUAUCACGAACUUUGUGAUUAUCUCGUUAUGGUGCACAUGUAUUUUCAGGUUUGAAAAAGUUGCUUCGAUUCAUGCAGGAUGGUGUUUUACUUCACGAGUGCAGUUGUUACUCCUCCCUACACUAUCUACAUGGGGAAAGACAAAUAUGAAAAUGAAGAUCUCAUCAAAUAUGGAUGGCCUGAAGACAUUUGGUUUCAUGUGGAUACUGAACUCUCUUCUGCCCAUGUGUACCUUAGAAUGCCUAAGGGACUGACAAUUGAGGAUAUUCCCAAGGAAGUCUUGAUUGACUGUGUACAGCUUGUGAAAAACAACAGCAUCCAAGGAUGUAAAAUGAACAACAUCAAUGUUGUCUACACACCAUGGGCCAGCCUAAAGAAAACAGGGGAUAUGGAUGUAGGCCAAAUAGGUUUCCAUCGGCACAAGGAGAUGAAGAUUGUGGCAGUAGAGAAGAAGAUUAAUGAGAUUGUGAACAGGUUGGAGAAAACAAAGGACGAGCGAUACCCUGAUCUGGCAGCAGAGAAAGAUCGAGACACGGAAGAGAGAAACGAGAAGAAGGCCCAGAUACAAGAUCUGAAAAAGCAAGAUAAAGAUGACAUAAAAAAGAAAAGAGAGCUGGAUGAGCUCAAGAGUUAUUCUUCGCUGAUGACGAGUGACAAUAUGACAACAAAUGAGGAUGGAAAUGAUUCGGAUGACUUCAUGUAAAAGGACACUAUCGGACAUCGGACAUACUCCACCACCUGCAAGUUAACAUUGUUGGGUUGGGCCCUCACUGUUAUACCGGACAGUGCUUUGACAUUGUAUAUAGAUCGAUAAACUUGCUACUGUAUUUUUGGAACAGUACUCGUGCCAAUUUUGCAAAAUUUCAGGACUCUGAACAGCCUGGUUUCCCGACGCUUCUUGAAUUUCAAAGGAUAACAUUCCAACAGCGUUGAUCUCUUGCACUGUACAUCCUCUGCUUGACUGACAAGAGGGUAACAAAACCCCUGAUUCCUCACACAACUGCUGCCAACGAUUUAGUCUUGGGACGGCUAUUCCUUACAGGCUCUAUGAUCCAGUUCAGUAUUGUUGCAUGUUGACCUAAUGAUUUGAAUUAAUAUAUGAUCUCUUGACCAGUAUGUCUAUGGGUGAAAUUAAAUUAGUAUGUACAUUUUUUAUUAUAAUUUAUCUGGCUGAUUGAUGCUGCAGACCUUGUCCUGGCCAGAGGCUGGAGCAUGUGAAUUGUGUCCUCGUGAAUCCAUGCAUAAGGUUUGUCUUGGAUGUUGCUUUGAAAUAAUUGAAAGAUUGCUGACAUUGUAAAUAAAAAUUAYCUUGUUUAUCAGUGCAAAGUUACAUUUUAAACAAAAACUGAACUGCCCAUAAGGUAUGUUAAUUGCCCAGUUCAUUAUUGAGACAAUAUGUUGACAUAGCUUUGCUAAUGAAGUGGGAUGUGUAAUGAAUGGUUCGAGCUGCUUGAAAGCUGAGAGAAUGGGUUCCACCAGCUUUCUCUUUCCUGGGUGAUCAGAGCUGGGAUUGAAUUGCCACAUGCUGGUUUUUCAGUAUAAAGCGUGACAUCUCUAUUUCUCAAUGCUGUGUGUGGAUGCAGCUGUGGGGGACCUCUGGUCCACAUCAAAACAGACUGAAACGCAUGGAGCAGGUUGAGGCACGAGGAGUGUCCGAAUUCAUUAUUCUGGAUGACUUGUGUUUCAUUUGACAUCUGCGUAAACAAUUUCACUCCAAACAACCUCUAAAAGCAGAAUAAAAGCCCUUUGUUUCAA